AUGUCCAACCGGGGCUUUAGAGGACGAGGAAGAGGAAGAGGGAGUUUCAACACUCGUUAUCAAGGAAAACGUUCUUUUCGUCCUUCAGCAGUAGCGUACGGUAUAGAUAACAGAUCUAAACCUAAUCGGGAAGAUGAUGGAACGGCAGCUCAAGAAAGGUUCGAAGAGGUCAAAGUCGCGGAUGAGAUUGAUGAAAAGUUGGGGUUUUGGAGGUUUGAAAGUAAUCUCGCUGCUGGAGAGAAGAAAAUUGGGUGGUUGGUCAAUAUGCAUCAGGCAAGGACAUUGAUACAGACCAACUCUCAUGCCACUGGACUAGCAGCCGUCGAUUUUUACUUUAUACAAGAUGACGGAGGCAUGUUCAAAGCUACUGUUCCAUACGAACCUUACUUUUACAUUACCUGUCGGGCUGGAACAGAAAGGACCGUAGAAGAAUGGCUUGUGAAACGCUUCGAAAGUUUACUAGUCCGAGUUGAACGAGAGAAAAAAUGGGAUUUAUCUUUACCUAAUCAUCUCCUCUCUGCUGCUCCUAUAUUCUUAAAACUCUUCUUUCACAACACGGCGGAUCUUCAAGCUGUGAGAAGAGAAUUGUUACCUCUUGCUCAAGCCAACUCUGCGAAAUUCACAGCUGUUGAUGCUUAUGCCGAUGUUGUCGGAGCCGAGGCACAAGGAGGGAAUGGGGAUGACGAUGAACAUGAGAAAGCUUGGGGUGCAGAGGAUGAGAAUAAGAAGAAGAGGGAUAGAGAAGCUGUUGAUUGUAUUAUUGAUAUACGGGAACAUGAUAUUGCUUAUUAUCUUCGUGUAGCCAUAGAUCUCGACGUCCGAGUGGGAUUAUGGUAUUCCGUCACUUCUGUCACUGGAACUAUCAAAUUAGAACGAAUAACUUCCAUAGUCAAACGUGCCGAACCAGUGGUCAUGGCAUACGAUAUUGAAACUACCAAACAACCUCUUAAAUUCCCCGAUCAACAAACAGAUCAAAUCAUGAUGAUAUCAUAUAUGAUAGAUGGUCAAGGAUACCUCAUCACCAAUCGUGAAAUCGUCUCGGAAGAUAUCGAUGAUUUCGAGUAUACUCCAAGGGAUGAAUAUCAUGGUGAUUUUACCGUUUUUAACGAAGCCGACGAAGCUGCUGUUAUACGUCGAUGGUUUGAACAUAUCCGAGAGACAAGACCAACCGUCAUGGCUACUUAUAAUGGUGAUAGUUUCGAUUUCCCAUUCGUGGAUGCAAGAGCCAAGAUACAUGGGAUAAGCAUGUAUGACGGGAUCGGUUUUCGUCCGGAUCAAGAGAUGGAAUAUAAAAGUAGAUCUUGCAUGCACAUGGAUUGUUUUAGAUGGGUGAAAAGAGAUUCGUAUCUUCCUCAAGGUAGUCAAGGUUUGAAAGCUGUAACCACGGCAAAAUUAGGUUAUCAUCCUAUCGAAUUAGAUCCCGAACUUAUGACUCCUUAUGCUAUUGAACAACCUCAAAUCUUGGCGCAAUAUUCAGUAUCCGAUGCUGUGGCGACUUAUUAUCUUUACAUGAAAUACGUCCAUCCGUUCAUUUUCUCCCUCUGUAACAUUAUUCCUCUGAAUCCUGACGAAGUGCUCCGAAAGGGAUCAGGAACAUUAUGUGAGACACUUCUCAUGGUGGAAGCCUAUCAAGCACAUAUCAUUAUGCCUAAUCGACAUGAAGAUCCUCAUGGAGCGACUUACGAAGGACAUUUACUCGCUUCUGAAACUUAUGUUGGAGGUCAUGUCGAAGCUCUAGAAGCUGGAGUUUUCAGGAGUGAUAUACCCACACAUUUCAAAAUUGAACCUAGUGCAGUUCAACAACUCAUCGAUGAUCUCGACGCCGCCCUUCAUUUCUCAUUGGUGGAAGAAGGUAAAUUGACUUUGGAUGAUGUGGAGAAUUACGACGAAGUCAAAAAAGAAAUUCAAGCCGCAUUGGAGCUCAUGCGAGACGAACCUAAUCGAUUCGACAAACCUCUGAUUUAUCAUCUCGACGUCGCCGCUAUGUAUCCCAAUAUCAUGUUGUCAAAUAGACUUCAACCUGAUUCCGUCAAGGAUGAAGCGGAAUGUGCGGUGUGUGAUUACAAUCGACCUGACAAGAAAUGUGAUCGAAGAAUGGAAUGGGCUUGGAGAGGAGAAUAUUUCCCUGCGAAACGUGAUGAAGUCAAUAUGGUUCGAUAUGCUUUAGAACAAGAGAGUUUCCCACCUAGAAAUGAUUUCGGUCCUAGAAGACGAUUUGUGGAUUUGGGUGAAGCGGAACAAUCGGCUUUGAUGCAUAAACGAUUAGGCGAUUAUUCUCGAAAAGUUUACAAGAAAACACACGAUACAAAAGUAGUCACUAAAACGGCUAUCAUAUGUCAAAGAGAAAAUUCUUUUUAUAUCGACACCGUUCGAGCUUUUCGAGAUAGACGAUAUGAAUAUAAAGGUCUUCAUAAAACUUGGAAAAAGAAUCUUGAUAAAGCCAAUGAAGAUGGAGGUGGAUUAUCAGCUGUGGAUGAAGCUAAAAAGAUGAUUGUUUUAUACGACUCUCUUCAACUCGCUCAUAAAUGUAUCCUCAACUCUUUUUACGGUUACGUCAUGCGUAAAGGUGCAAGAUGGUAUAGUAUGGAGAUGGCAGGUAUAACAUGUCUCACAGGAGCUACGAUUAUUCAAAUGGCUCGACAAUUAGUUGAACAAAUUGGUCGACCAUUGGAAUUGGAUACGGAUGGAAUUUGGUGUAUGCUUCCUGGUGUUUUCCCCGAAAACUUUAGUUUCAAAUUGAAAAACGGCAAGAAAUUCGGGAUUUCUUAUCCUUGUACAAUGCUCAAUCAUCUCGUUCAUGCUCAAUUCACCAAUGAUCAAUAUCACGAAUUGACAAAUCCAGGUCAAUACACUGUCAAAAGUGAAAAUUCAAUCUUCUUCGAAUUGGAUGGACCGUACAAAGCUAUGAUUUUACCUUCUUCAAAAGAAGAAGAUAAAUUACUCAAGAAACGUUAUGCAGUUUUCAACCCUGAUGGUUCUUUAGCAGAACUUAAAGGUUUCGAAGUCAAACGAAGAGGUGAACUUCAACUUAUCAAGAUUUUUCAAUCGCAGAUAUUCGAUAAGUUUUUACUCGGAUCUACGACUGAAGAAUGUUAUACCGCCGUGGCUUCAGUCGCUAAUCAAUGGCUGGACAUUUUACAGAGCAAAGCGGCUAGUUUACACGAUGAAGAAUUGGUUGAUCUCAUUGCGGAGAAUAGAAGUAUGUCAAAGACUUUGGCAGAAUAUGGUAGUCAAAAAUCGACUUCUAUAAGUACAGCUCGAAGACUAGCAGAAUUUCUUGGUGAACAAAUGGUCAAAGAUAAAGGUUUAUCUUGUCGUUUCAUCAUUUCCGCCAAACCGAAUGGUGCUCCUGUAACUGAAAGAGCUAUUCCAGUAGCUAUAUUCACAGCCGACCCACAGAUAAAACGACAUUUCUUACGAAAAUGGCUUAAAGAUAAUAGUCUUGUCGAUUUUGAUUUACGAACUAUUCUCGAUUGGAAUUAUUAUACAGAACGUCUGGGAUCUGUCAUUCAAAAACUCAUCACCAUCCCAGCUGCACUUCAAAAAAUCCCAAACCCCGUUCCUAGGAUUCGUCAUCCCGAUUGGUUAUUCAAGAGAGUUGCAGCGAAAGAAGAUAAAUUUCAACAACAUAAACUCACCGACAUGUUUGCCAAGAUGAGAUCGGUCGAUAUGGAAGAUUUCGGUGGGAAAAAGAUCACGACACAGAAAACGGCAGUGGUUAAAAAACGAGUAAAAGCUCCUGAAAUUGCACCUGAUCCUCAAAUGGAUUAUUCAGGUUAUAUAAGGGUGAUGAGGAAACAAUGGAAGAAACAACGUUUGGAAAGAGCUAGAGCUAGGAAACAAAGUUCUAGACAAGAUGGAACUGUUUCUGGAAUGUUAAGAACACAAUCACUGAAUCUCACUUCCAGACAAUGGGAUGUGGUUCAAAUGGCUUCUACUGGUAAACCUGGAGAAUUCAAAUUAUGGUUAGCUAUCGAUGGUACUUUUCAAAGUUGUCGACUUCGUAUACCAAGAGAAUUUUAUCUUAAUUUGAAAACAUUACCUGAAGAAGGAACCUUUUCAGAUCGUUACGAAACUAUUUCUGUAGCUCGUACUCUUCCCCGUGGUCAAAUACCUCGACAUUUAUUCAGAUUAUCAGUAGAUGAAGGUCUUUUCUUAGAGGGUGAAUCACAUUUCUCAAGUUUGAUCAAUAAUCCUAAUGUUGACGGAGCCUUUGAACUUCAAGUACCUCUUUUAGUCCGUGCUCUUCUUAACCUCGGUACAGCUUGUGCACUUCGAUCUACAUCAACUGGAGGUCUGAGUAGAGGAUUAGAUAAAGGUUUCGAUUUGAAUGAUUUGGAACGUCCGUCUACAAGUGUGAUCCGACAUAAAUAUCUAGAUGGUGGACGUGGAAUACGUUAUCAUAUGCUCUUUCAUGCUACUAUAGCUUCUCGACAUUUGAUAGCUCUCUUCUCACCUGACUCUUCAACAAAAGUUUACGUUGUGGAUAAUGCUCGGAAUCGACAACAAUUACCAAGUCCUGUUCGAUGGUAUUCCGAAAGAUUGUCAAAAGCAGAAAGAGGAGUAUUCGUUUAUCCUGAAGAAAUGGAAUUCUCAACUUCGUAUCAUCCUACGGAGAAUUCAGCCAUGAAACAACUUGUAAAAGAUCUUCAAAAUAUCAAACAUGGUCUCAACGUUAUAGCUCUUUGCUCAUCAUUCGAACAUUCUUACUAUCAAGUGAAACAUUCAAUUUUCUCAGAAUUCCCUUUCAUCACUUUCAAUGUUGCAAAAGAAGAAGAACCGAGUUUGAUGUGGUUGGUACAAACAUCUAGGAGGAUGGUGAAUCAAUAUCUCAAAUUAUCUUCUUGGAUUUCUUCCCAGAUUCAGGUAGCUGCUCAUUAUGAUGUUCCAUUAGGAAAUCUUGGUUCAGAUCCAGCAGUUUUCUUAGCUGAUAUCGAAUUCGCUCGUCGACUUAAACAACAAGAUAUGAUAUUAUGGUGGUCACCCACAUCUCGGCCAGAUUUAGGUGGAUCUGAAGAAGAUGCCAAUUCUCCCGAAGAAUUGAUUUCACCUCAUAUGUCAUAUAAAGGUUGUUAUUCCUCUGUCGUACUCGAGAUGGAAAUUGCCGAUUUAGCUAUCAAUUCUAUCCUUCAAUCAGCUCUAGUCAACGAGAUGGAAGGUACCGGUACAGGUUCUUUAGCUUUCGAUUCUGCUUCUCACAACUUGGACGAAUACGCAAAAGGUACAGCCAACGCUUCUGUCAUGUUAGGUGAUGCUACACUUUCAACUCAAACGUUUGGAAUACUCAAAUCAUUAGUACGAGGUUGGUUUUUGGAUAAAGCAAGAGCACAUGUUAAAGGUUCAAAUCAUUCACCUUCCGAUUUAGUUGUGGAUCAAUUUUGGCGUUGGAUAUCAUCUCCGACUUCUUGUAUGUUCGAACCUGCUCUUCAUCGAUUUCUACAUGGUCUCAUGAGAAAAGUUUUCCUUCAAUUAUUAGCCGAAUUUAAACGUUUAGGAACUCAAGUCGUUUAUUCAGAUUUCAAUCGAAUUUUCCUUCUCACUUCCAAACCUGAUGCAGGAUCAGCAUACGCAUUCGCUAAAUAUUUAAUCACCGCUGCCAAUUCACAAGAAUUAUUUAGACAUUUAGUCAUCGACGUGACGCAAUUUUGGAAUUAUUUAACUUGGAUGGAUAUCGCGAAUUUCGGAGGAGUAAAAUUAUCACCUGGACAAGCUUCGAAUCGAGAUUUAACAAAUGGUCGAUUUGAAAUUUCAAUGGAUUGGAAUAUACAAUCUUUUUUACCUGGUUCACUUCAACCUAUGUUUGAAAAAAACAUCGCUUCAUUCAUCUUCGCUUUAUAUUCAGCUAAAAGAACAUCUUCAAAUGGGAAAGAACCUUUAUCGAUACAUGAUUUAAAUUUAGAUUCUGAAUUUUCAACAGGAAUAAAUCCAACAAAAGAAAAAGAACUUAAAAAUGCUAAGAAAUCAAUUUCUCAAACUUUGACAAGAAGGUUAUUAGCAGAUGUGACGAUUAUAAAACGUCGUCAAACUUUAGCUGCGGUUGAUGAAUUAGAAGCUCAAUCAUUAUCUUUCCCAAAUUUACCUGGUUCGAGAGGAGAAAGGAAAAACCCAGCUUUGGAAUUUACAAAAGCCAUUUGUGAAGUUUAUUCUUUAGCUAAAGAACAUAUGGUAGAAAUACAAAUUCUCAGAAGGAACGUUUUGGAUUUAUUAGGUGUAAGAGAAUUCUCACAAGAAGCUGUAUUCAAAAACCCUUGUGAAAGUGUAAUCGUUUCAAUGGUCAUUUGUAAGAAAUGUAGUUUUAUAAGAGAUGUGGAUUUAUGUAGAGAUCCAGAUAGAUUACCGACUGUUGAUCCUGAUACUAUGGAAGUUUUAUCACCAGCUAGGAAAAGUUGGGUUUGUCAUAAAUGUGACGCGGAAUACGAUUCAUGGCAAAUUCAACGUCCACUCAUAUCCUUAAUAUCAAGAAUGAUAACAACUUGGCAAACACAAGAUGUCAAUUGUUCAAAAUGUGGUCAAAGUAAAGAUGAUAAUAUCUCACCUACUUGUCAUUGUGGUGGAUCUUUCAGAUCAUCUUUGAAUAAAGGAGAGAUGAAGAUGAAAUUGAAAGUUAUCAAAAGUGUGUGCGAAUAUCACGAACUGGCCAUGACGGGCGAAUAUGUUGAUCAAAUCUUAGACAGAUGGUGA